CCGCCGCGCCACCGUACACGGCGCACGCGCUUGUUGCAACCUAUGAACGCGCUUUAGAGGUUGCCAGCAGAGUAACAGACAACGGUUCGAAAUUUAAACGAAGCGAAUUAAAAUUCGAGUUCGUAAUUCGAAUAUUAUUACGCGCGUGCGGUGUUUGUGUUUUGGUGUAAAAUUUUAAUUAAAGAUUCAAAAUGUUUCACGGCGGUAUUUGGGCGAAGUUGCGUCCGUUCUACAAGUGGUACGUGCUGGGGCUGGUGUCCACAGGCUACAUACUUGGAGAGCUUGGACAUUACCUUAUUGGAACCACAUCAAAAGUGACAGCGAACGACCUUCACUAUGGCGACAAGGCAUGCAUGCUCAACACUUCACACUCGCAUCUGACAUACUCGCAACUUCCCGUCGUCUGCGAGAAAGUCAGCUCUAAAGAAAAAUGCGAGUCCCUAUCCCUGAACGGGACAGAGUACUGUGAGUGGGGCUACAACGGGCUCGGCAUAGACUACCAGGUGCUGGCUGGUCCGGCCUUCAUGGCAGUCUUCACAGUGGUCGGCGUCAUCAUUGGAUUCAUCGCGGAUAAGUACAACCGCGCCAAAAUCCUCUCCUACUGCACUCUAGUCUUCGUCAUCGCAAUAAUCCUGAUGGGGGCCGUCAAAGAAUACUGGCACCUAGUAGUACUCAGGAUGAUCAUGGCUGCCGGAGAAUCAGGAUGUAACCCUUUAGCUACUGGCAUCCUGACUGACAUGUUUCCGGAACACCAGAGGGCGUUGGUGCUGUCGAUAUUCAACUGGGGGAUCUAUGGGGGGUAUGGUAUUGCUUUCCCUGUUGGAAGGUAUAUACCUGAUUUGAAUGCUUGGGGAUUGAGCUGGCGAGUAUGCUACUACGGCGCCGGCAUCGUUGGCAUCGUAAUCACGCUCCUCACCUUCAUGACCCUUCGUGAGCCGGAGCGCACCACCAUCGGGGAGGAAGGGGGGAAAGCGGAGAACAUGGAGGCGGGGAAGAAACAGCCGCAAAUCACCAUCUGGCACGUCAUUACUCAGCCGAGGAUUAUAUUGCUGUGUAUUGCGGCUUCUAUCAGACAUUGCGGCGGUAUGUGCUUCGCAUACAACGCGGACUUGUACUACCGGGACUACUUCCCCGACGUGGACCUGGGCUGGUGGCUGUUUGCUGUCACUGUCGGCAUCGGUUCUGUUGGCGUUGUCGUUGGUGGCUAUGUCUCUGACAAAUUCGUGGCCAAGCUGGGCGUCCGCUCCCGUGUGCUUGUGCUCGGUCUAUCACAGCUAAUCGCCACUUUACCCGCGUUCGGCUCAGUUAUCUUCGGGCCUCUGUGGGCCAUGAUCACCCUAGCUCUUUCCUAUUUCUUUGCUGAGAUGUGGUUCGGCAUCGUUUUCACGGUACUCGUAGAGAUCGUGCCCCUCUCCGUCCGAUCUACCACCGUUGGCGUCUUCCUAUUCGUCAUGAACAACGUGGGAGGGAACCUUCCCAUCCUGGUGGACCCUGUGGCCAAGGCUAUUGGCUACAGAGAGGCUAUUAUGAUCUUCUACGCCGGCUUCUACGGGAUCAGCUGCAUCCUCUUCUUCCUGACUAUGUUCUUCAUGGAUGGCCCAGUGGAUAAGGCUUCAGAGCCCACACAGGUCAGCCCGACAGCCAAACCCAUAGGCUUAGACAACAGGGCGUACAGCCACGACGAAUUAUCCGCGCGAAACGGACGACACGCGCACGAUUCUAGUAAACUGUAGUUUAUCUGUGGUAAUUCUUGAUGAUUACGCCUAAAGUGGAUAUGAUAAAGAACCUUGGUUUAUCUGUGGUAAUUCUGUGGUCAAUGGGCGCCGCGAAAACCGAAUUUCUCUUUUACUCUCACUAAGACGUAAUUAGAGUGUCAGAGAAAACUGCCCGCAAUUGACGAACUUCGAUUUUCGCGGUUGUAGCCCAGGUCUAAAGUGGAUACGAUAAAGAACCUUGUAAUUUGUCAGUGGUAAUCUCGAUGGUUAUGUUGGUACCUAAUUUAUCUGUGGUGUAUCUGUGGUAAUUCUCGAUGGUUACCUUUGCCUAAAGUGAAUAAAGAACUUUGUAUAUAUGUACUUAAGGUUAGAUUUUGUGUAAAGUUUACAUCAAUUCGAAAGUAGUGAUUUUUAUAGGACUUAGACAACCAACGAACUACCCGAUUUUUCAUGGUUAUGCUUGAAAUUGAAUGGAUCGUACAAGUAAGUGCCUUAUAUAUCAGUUUAGAAGAGAUGUUUUCAGAGGCUGUGUUAAAUAGUUUGGUUAAGAUACCUAAAGCACGCAAACUGUAUAUUUGUAUCGAAGUAAAUGAGAUAGCACUAUCACUGUUACUAGGCCUGGGAGAAUUAUUAAGAAAACUUUAAAAAUGUGGAUAAUAUCACUCGUUAGCGGUUUAGGUACAAAUGUUCUGAAAUCUGAAUUACUAACAUAUAGCCGGUCCAUCAACUUUGUCAAUAGAAAAAGGCGCAAAAUUUAAAUUUUCUAUGGGACGAUAACUAUUCGCGCCUAGAUUUUUUAAAUUUGCCGCUUUUUUCUACUAACGGAAAUAGCUUGACAAACUAUUAUAUAGUCUGUGGCGUUGCUUGACGUCGGCAGCGCGCAAACUUGACAACCCUAAAUCUCCGAAAGGGUAGUGCCAUACAUUGGAAAAGAAUAGCAUGAUUCGUCCUUGAAUCGCUGUCAAAAUUCAGUUUAGUAGGAAGUUUAUUUUCUGUACGGUAGUACUAUUACUUAUUCUGUCGUACGGAGCUCCCUUCCAUAUACAUCGGCUCCAAUUUACCAGUAGCAAAAGGCAUGAAAUUAAAAAAAAGAUAAAUAGACCGCUAGGGCUCACUUUUUUUCUUUUCUACUGACAAAAUUGGUUUGCCAGACCCAGGUUAUACUUACUUAAUCAAAGAAUUUAAUGCAGAAGCGUAUUGUGAAAAUAAAUUUUGCAGUCAACUAAAUUUACUGCCAUCUUUCGACACAGGACUAAAACUCUUAGAACAUAUGGCUAUUAGACCUAUGUUCUUUCACUAAUAUGCACAGCUGAUAUGUGAAACGGUAUCGCCAUCUAUUCGAGCAUAAAUUUUCCUCUGAUUUUUCGAAGCACGUUUUUUCUUAGACUUUAUUUAUCUUAUACGGAGUUAUAUAUCUUUGACUUGAUUUACAAAGAAACAGGCUUGUGUCUAGAUUAUGUGACAUUUUUGUUAGUUGUUUGUGUUACUAAGCUCUUGCCUAAAACCAUACGCCAUAGAUGUAGUCGAAGAUUGUCUUAGAUUAUGAUACUAAAGUUGUUUUUUUUUUUUUGUUUUUGUCAAGCACCAUGAUUACUUUGGGACAGACUUGUGGUUUUAAUAUAUUUGAUUUUUUAUCUUUAAAAUAAUUGUCAUAAAGUCUACAUUACCAGCAAUAUACUUUUGACUAUAUUAAGCAUUUUUUUCAAGGUAGAAAAUUGAAAUGAUCAAAUUAAAACUAUUUGUCUGAAUUUAUUUCACUAGAAGUAACCAUGGUGUAAGCCAUACAGGGUCUUAGUUAACUGGCAACAUUGAUGCCAUCCACUUUCGACCAGUUUGAAUGAAUUAAGGGCCAAUUACAUCCACACUUCCCGAUAUCGGACCCGAAGUCAGCCCCGAUGUCGGACCUGAUAAUCAUUUUCCGGUUUACAGAAUAUCAGCACAUGGUUAACAAUAUUUGAAAUGUAAAAAAAUGGUUCAUAUGCAAAAAUAUCAAACAUUGAACAUUUUUGGCAAGAGACAAAGUAUUUUUUACAUGUCAAAUAUUGUAAAAAGUGCUGAUAUUUGGUGAAAUCCGUUUCAAAUACUUUUACACGGGCCUGAGUGUGGAUGUAACUGGCCCUUUAGACGUCGUAGAAACUAUUUGGGUUUAAGUUGACAGUAACAUAUUCGUAAUUUAUUUUACAAAAAAUUGAAAAAUUACUCAGAACAUUAAUUAUUGUAAUGUAAAAAAAGAAGCAGUUACUAUUGUGAUACUGACUUUUGUACAUAUUUAUUUUGUUAAUUAUUAAGUUUUAUUGUAAAUAGAAAUAAAACAUAAAUUUA